AUCAAUAUCUACACAGCAUAAAUAUCGCACCCUCUCUUCUUUUCGCUUACCCUAUGCACUAGUUUUUUCUUUCUUCCCCCUCUUUCUGUAUUCUUUCUCUUUUGAGUGCCGACGAAAACCCUAAUAAUCUUCGAUAGCAACUUUACCUCAGUUGUUGAAUUCCACCGUCGCAAAAGAUACUAGAUGGCAGCCAAACCUCUUACUACCGAGGCAAUUGCACUUACAGAAAAGAAGAUGGACAUGACACUAGAUGACAUAAUCAAAAUGUCUAAAAAUACGAAGACUAAGAAGCAAAGAAGGGUUCCGAACAAAACUCAGAAGUUUUCAAACAAUUUCGCUCAAGAUAAAACUGCAAAGGUCCAGCGUUAUAUGGAAUCCAGAUCUUCUCUUAGACAGGGGGCUCUUGCGAAAAAAAGGUCUAAUUUCAAGGGAAACCAAUUUCCUGCUGCAAUGGAUGUUGCGCGAAAAGCUGCUACUGCUCCUCUGCAGAAUAGAAUUCCUAACCGUAAUGGCGUACCCAACUGGAAUAAAACAAGAUUUCGAGUUCCUUUAGGUCAAAGAAGGCCUGCCAAUGGAGGCUUUGCUGCUAAGCAGCAACGAAUUCCUUCCCCUCGGAAGCAGCUGGAGAAUGUGGAUAUAAUGCCGAAGCAAAAGCCUCAGACGCUGGAUUCGCUGUUUGCAAACAUGAAGGAGCAAAGGAUGAGAGUUCUGUCGAUGCAGAAUAAUGGUAUGCAGCGUAAUGGAAAUGGAUAUAGGAGGCUCCCAUGGGGAAGAGGUCGAUUUGGAAACUGAAGUGUUUACGGAAACUGGACUUCAGUGAUGAUCUUGUGUCGCGGCCUGCUGUGUCCUUGUGGGUUUAUGGUGCAAAUGAAAAAUUCUUUAGUGCACUAGAAAAAAAAAAGGAUUUUCCCCGUCAGUGGGAAAAUAUUUUGCCCAUUCAAUCCAACAGUAGUUCUUCGGUUGGCCGCCCAUUGUAUAUUGAGUUUCGUCCAUGACUAUGUUUUGACUUGGAUUAUUAUGUGUGCUCUGGUAUUGUCUAUAUGAGGAAACUGAUAGCAGUUACAACUUAAUGCCAUUUCAGUAACAUAUUGAGUCCGUGGCUGCUGCAUGAUUGGGAAUUACGGUAUUGUUUUUGAACAA